AUGACCGAUCUCACAGUUAUCUCGGGCAAGUGGCAUGUUCCCACACAGACGAGUUGCCCUUGCGACGCCAUAGCGGAGGCCUUCUCCGCGGCAGCCUCGACGCAGGGUGGUCUGUUGGUUCAGGACAAUUCGUUUGAGGAAUAUGAGCAAAUUCCCGUAUGGAUCCUGGAAGGAUAUUCGACCUUGCUCACAGAAGUCAACCAGCAACUCUCCGAAAAAGGUCUCGACACGGCCACCCUCAUGGUCAGUCCGGCAUUGGGGCCCUGUGGCGCGGCCACCCUUGCUGCGCUCUGGAAGCUCCGAGAUGCCGAGGAUAUUCAACCCCGGUGUUUCCUCUCAGAAGAGGCAGUCGUCGUUCUUCUAGGCACCGAAGGCCAGAGGGAGUAUCAAGUUCCCAUACCGAUCUCGAAUGUUGGGGCUGUCACUGCCGAGGUCUAA